AUGCCGGAAGAAUGGGAGGGACCCGUACGGAAGUGGGAUGGCCCUGUGCCCCCAGCCCAAGUGCCAGAACCCAACGACCACCUGCAAUACAUGCGCCUUGCUCUGGACCAGGCGCAAGAAUCACCGCCUAAGCCGACCAACUUCCGUGUUGGAGCUGUCCUGGUAGACGGCGACACUGGGUCAAUUCUGGAACGAGGCUAUACACUGGAGUGUGAAGGCAACACUCACGCUGAACAAUGCUGUCUGUUGAAGUUUGCGCAAGCACAUGGCCUGUCCGAGGAGCGUGUGGGUGAAGCUCUGCCAGCAAACACCGUCAUCUACACCACCAUGGAGCCCUGCAACAAGAGGUCAGUUGGGAACACACCCUGCGUAGAUCGCAUCAUCCGCACGAAGGGACAGGACGGGCAGCCGAGGAUCAAGAGGGUCUAUCUUGGAGUUAAGGAGCCGGAGAAGUUUGUUGGGGUAAACAAGGGCAUAGCAAAGCUGGAAGAGCACGGUAUUGAAUGCAUACAUGUCCCUGGCCUGGAAGAGCGUAUCCUGCAGGUCGCGACUGCUGGACACGAAACAUGA